CACAGGAGGGCAGUAGGAACUGACAGAGCUGGAGAGAUAAGUGUGUCUGGGCUAGGAGAAAAGGAAGAAUCGCCGGAGAGGAUUUAAUGAAGGCGCUCAUGUUGCCCUGCACAUACGAGUAUAACCAACAGCUUGGCUUCUGUUGUUCAACAUGGCCAAUGUCUCUGAGGAUCAGCGACUCUGCCCACUGAUCCAACUGAAGCGAGAAUACAAUUCCACCAACACACAGGGCAAUCUGGUUGUGGUUUGCAUCCAUGGCAUCUUCUCCUGCCUGGGGAUUUUGGAAAAUGCCCUAAUCAUUUGGGUUUUGGGUUUUCGCCUCAGACGUCGCACCGUGGCCUCCGUCUGGAUGCUCAACCUGGCCAUGUCUGACUUCCUGGCCACACUGACUCUCCCGCUCUUCACCUUCUACCUUUACUCCUCCAACAGCUGGGAGCUCGGCUCCGUGCUCUGCAUAGCACAAGUUUCCAUCUUUUUCUUCAACAUGUUUGUUUCAGCCUUCUUGCUGGCAGCCAUUUCACUGGACCGCCUGAUUCUGGUGGCCAAGCCAGUGUGGAGUCAGAAUCACAGGUCGGUAGCAGGCGCAUGGAAGGUGUGUGCUCUGGGCUGGCUGUGGGCAGCGUUAAAUACGUUGCCUUAUUCUAUGUUUCGCUCGGUGAUUAACAAGAUCGAUGGGAGGAAGUUAUGCUAUCAUAAUUUUGCUUUGUAUUUAUCCACUAAGGAUUCACUGGAAACAGAGUGCAACAUCAGACAAGGAGCAACAGCCAUCUCCAAGUUACUGUUAGCGUUCCUGAUCCCUCUAGUGGUCAUUACAGGAAGCUACAUCAAAAUUGCUCUCAUCCUUAGAAACAAAAAUAGAAAGAGAAAGCAGAGUAUCAUCAGACUGCCAGAUGCACUGAUUCAGCCAGGAUGCGAUGGACAUUCAAGAAACAAUUUGUUUGAUACAAAUGGCGCCAAGUGUUUGACUCCGGGUUCGUCAUUUAAGUCCAAAGUAAACAACCUGUCUCCUGUCAUACCCAGUCCUACAUACCAUCUGUCACAGAGUUUCACCAAAAUGGUGACUUUUGUGAUUACAGCAUUUGCGGUGUGCUGGGCUCCUUAUCACAUUUUCUGCAUCAUAGAACUGAUAGCCCAGUAUAACACAAAGAUUUUCAAAUUGGUGGAAUUGGGCCUUCCGCUGGCGGCAACGUUUGCGUUUUUGAAUCCUGUUUUGAACCCUAUCCUGUACGUGUUCAGCUGCCCCCACUUCUGCGUGAGGAUACGACAGAGUGUGGGAGCUGUGUUUGAUGGGCUUGUGGAGGAGGGCGGGGGAUUAUUGAUGGCUCCAGCCAAGAGCUUGCGAGCUCACAUUAGGAGGAGGACUAGUCAAAACAUAACUUUUUCACCACCGGGGUCACCAAAAUCUUCAUUUUCAUCCAGUCGGUCUCCUGGCUCCCAGCCUUGCCUACCAUUGUCUCAGCUCGCUAAAGACCACAGAGAUUAUGAAAUGGAUCAAACGUGACAAGGACUGGCAAACUGAGUAGUGCAUAACUGAAACAUCACUGCAUUCUUUCAGAUCCUGUUUUGUUACAUAAAUAUGGACAUACGUUUCUCAUUCUGAUACUAAGUUUGAAUCAUUUUUUCCCCUUGAGUGUUAUUCUGAGGAUUAUAUUUUUAUUUGUGGUAUUUUCUUCUACUGUAUGUACUUUAUUAUCUGUUUCUGUGAAAAUUAAAAUGAAUAAACAAAUAAAUCAGA